AUGAGCGAACGGCUCCUUACAAACAUCGGCCGCCUCGGCGUUGCCAUUGGGUUUUCGGGCGUUGUGGCCAAGUCGUGUCUGUACGACGUGGAUGGAGGCCAGCGCUGCAUCAUGUUCAAUCGUUUUGGGGGGGUGUCCCAGCGACCGAUAGGAGAAGGCUUGCAUUUUUUUGUGCCGUGGUUGCAAGUGCCGUAUAUCUACGACAUUAGGACUCAACCGAAAGUCAUCACAACAACUACAGGCACGCGAGAUUUGCAGAUGGUGUCGCUUUCCCUGCGCCUCCUCUACCGGCCCAACGAAAGCCGCCUCCCCGUGCUGCACCAAACCCUUGGCCCAGACUUUGCAGAGAGGGUGCUGCCUUCUAUUGGCAAUGAAGUGCUCAAGGCUGUCGUCGCCAGAUACGAUGCGGAGAGCCUCUUGACACAGAGGAACAGGGUCUCGCAAGACAUUCGAGAACAAAUAACACAAAGGGCCAAAAACUUCGACAUUGAACUCGACGAUGUUGCCAUUACUCAUUUGAGUUAUGGAAAGGAGUUCUCUAGGGCGAUAGAGGAGAAGCAAGUGGCGCAGCAGGAGAGUGAACGAAUCAAGUUUGUGGUUGCGAUGACAGAGCAGGAGAAAAAAGCAGCAAUUGUAAAGGCAGAAGGUGAAGCAGAAGCUGCUUCCCUCAUUUCAAAAGCCAUUAAGGAACACGGUAGCGGACUUAUUGAAGUUAGGCGCCUCGACGCAGCAAAGGAGAUUGCGGAGGCUUUGGCGAAGUCGAAGAACGUCACAUAUUUGCCUCAAGGAGUGAAUAUGCUCCUCUCACAGCCCUAA